AUGAACGCGUUCUCGAGAUUGAUUCCCGUCGUCGGCUCUGCCUACGGGCUCCAGGCAGCCCUCGCCGCCAUCUUCGUUCCCCAAGCGAACGAGAAGUACUAUGAUCUAGGAGGCUCUCUAGGCUUUCUCUCCACUGCAUUCGUCUCGCUUUACUAUCCUCAGCUCAAAUCUUCAGUCCUCGAACGACGCCUUGUCCCACUCCCUGCACUGUCCAGCUUCGCACCUAGGCAAUUGCUCUUGACCGCAGCUUUAGGAAUAUGGAGUGCUCGGCUCGGCAGUUUUCUCGUCCAAAGAGCCAUCAAGGCCGGUGGUGACUCUCGCUUUGACGAAGUCAAACAUCAACCCGCCAAAUUCACUGCCUUCUGGUUCGCCCAAGCCACCUGGGUAUUUCUUGUCGGACUUCCCGUUUACAUGGUCAACACCCUUCCAGUGCACCUCCACCCUGCACUGUCUUAUGCCGACUAUGCCGCCGUCGGCAUUUACGGCGCCUCCCUCCUCUUCGAGAUCAUCGCCGACCGUCAAAAGGCGAACUGGAGGAAUGCGCAAAAGAACAAACAGCACGAGGAGAAGUUUAUCACCAGCGGGCUCUGGAGCCUAAGCAGACACCCAAACUAUGUCGGCGAAGUGGGCAUCUGGACCGGCAUCUGGGCAUUGUCCAUUGCAUCGCUGAGAACGCCAUACUUUCCCAAGCUCACCUGGGCGGUAGCCGCCGUCAGCCCCUUGGUCACCUACAUGCUCUUGCGAAACGUCUCCGGUGUCCCUCCGUUGGAGAAAUCCGGUGACAAGAAGUACGGCAACGAUCCCAAGUGGCAAGAAUACAAGAGAACGGUGCCCGUGUUCUGGCCGUGGGGCGGUGUGGAUUAA